AGACUUUUUAAAAAUGUACGCAUAUACUGUCUAUGUAAAACCGAUCCUGUGUAGUGUAAAUCUAGCCCUGAAAAGCCUGUAAAUCAUACAAGAAGGGGCUGAAGAUAUUGUUUUGAGGCCAUGCAACUGACAACAUUUUUGUUUUAACUGUAGGAAAUAUUGUUUACAAUCUCUUCGUUUAACCUGUUGCCUAGUCAUGAUGGUAGCGAUUAUAACAUGCAUUCUAUCUACUUUAGAUGUAAUAUCUGUGUUUAAUAUCUGAAACGGCUAGCUGACACGUGAUCUUUCUUGAGGCUGUUUGUUUACAACGGAGCUACAUCUGCCGUUUUCAUUAAAUUUUUCAUCACAUUUCAAAAUGAGUCGAUGACCAUCCAUUUAUUCAAAGUGAUUUUUAUAACUUUUCCUGAAAUUUAGGGCUGAAAAAAACGUUGCUGGUCAGAUUCGCAUGCAAUCAUGGUGCUGAUCCUGGGACGACGGCUGAACCGGGAGGAUUCCGGUGUCCGCGACUCACCGGCGGUGAAGCGCAAAGUUCUGGAGAUGGAUCCCAAGGCGCUGUCGAGCCACGACAUCUUCGACUUCUCCUCGGGUCCCACGCACGCCGACGGCAUACUGCAGGUGUUCAACGAGUUCCGUGAUGACCGUCUCUUCACCGAUGUGGUCAUCUGUGUCGAGGGCCACGAGUUCCCGUGCCACCGCGCGGUACUCUCCGCCUGCAGCGCCUACUUUCGGGCCAUGUUCUGCAACGACCAUCGUGAGAGCCGUGAGAUGCUGGUCGAGAUCAACGGCAUCCGUGCCGAGGCCAUGGACAGCUUCCUGCAGUUCGUCUACACAGGCAAGGCACGCAUCACCACCGAGAAUGUCCAGUUCCUCUUUGAGACCUCCAGCCUCUUCCAGAUCGCGACUCUGCGCGACGCCUGUGCCAAGUUCCUCGAGGACCAACUGGACCCGUGCAAUUGCCUGGGUAUCCAGCGCUUCGCCGAUGCCCACUCCCUCAAGCAGCUGGCAAGCCGUUGCCGUACCUACGCCCUGCAGAACUUCACCGAGGUGGCCCAGCACGAGGAGUUCUUGGACCUCCGUCAAGAGGAGCUGGAGGAGUACACCGGCAGCGACGACUUGGUGGUGGGAAAGGAGGAGAUGGCGUUCGAGGCAAUCAUGCGCUGGGUGUACCACGAUGUCGACCAGCGGAGACCUGCGCUCUGCGAGCUGCUGCAGCACGUCCGCAUGCCGCUGCUGCACCCCAACUACUUCGUGCAGACGGUGGAGGGCGACCAACUCAUCCAGAACGCCCCCGAGUGCUACCAGCUGCUGCAUGAGGCCCGGCGAUACCAUGUGCUGGGUAACGAGAUGAUGUCUCCCCGCACCCGGCCACGCAGGUCCACGGGCUUCUCGGAGGUCAUCGUGGUGGUGGGCGGCUGCGAGAGGGUGGGGGGCUUUAACCUGCCCUACACGGAAUGCUAUGACCCCGUCACCGGAGAGUGGAAGUCGCUGGCCAAGCUGCCCGAGUUUACCAAGUCCGAAUACGCCGUGUGCGCGCUGCGCAAUGACAUUCUGGUGUCGGGGGGCCGGAUCAACAGCCGGGACGUCUGGAUGUACAACUCGCAGCUGAACCUGUGGAUUCGCGUGGCUUCCCUCAACAAAGGCCGCUGGCGACACAAGAUGGCGGUGCUGCUGGGCAAGGUGUACGCAGUGGGGGGCUACGACGGACAGAGCCGCCUGAGCAGCGUGGAGUGCUACGACUCCUUCUCCAACCGCUGGACCGAGGUGGCCCCCAUGAAGGAGGCGGUCAGCUCCCCGGCCGUGGCGAGCUGCGCCGGGAAGCUGUUCGUGAUCGGCGGGGGGCCGGAUGACACCACCUGCUCCGACAAGGUCCAGUGCUAUGACCCCGAGUUGAAUUCUUGGCUCCUGAGGGCCAACAUCCCCAUAGCCAGACGCUGCAUCACUGCCGUGUCCCUCAACAACCUCAUCUACGUGUCUGGGGGCCUCACCAAGUCCAUUUUCUGCUAUGACCCCAGUGAGGACUACUGGAUGCAUGUGGUCCACACCUUCAGCAAGCAGGAGAGUUGCGGAAUGUCUGUGUGCAAUGGAAAGAUCUUCAUCCUGGGAGGUCGCGGGGAGAACGGGGAGGCCUCGGACACAGUGCAGUGUUAUGACCCCGCCACAGGAAUCAUCACGGGCGUGGCUGCCAUGCCGCGUCCCAUCUCUUACCACGGCUGUGUCACCAUCCACCGCUACAACGACAAGUUCCCUCGCACAUGAAUGUGGGAGACCCAGAACAGAGACCGCCCCACCCUUCCGUCCCUCUCCCCCAAUCGCCCUGACCCUGGGAAGACAAUCUGAGCCAAUCACAGUGUAGCAUUUUUUUUAGCGCUUUGGUUCCACCCCUGAUCACAGGGCAUAGAAUUUAUUCCACUCACUUAGACAGAGAACAUUUAUUAUGGCCCCGAUUACAUCACUUGUUGUUUUGGAAUUGAAUCAGUGGGCAUGUCUGGUAUCAAAGGCACAUCUUGAUGUCACUUUGUGAAUUUUUAUUUCUUACUUUCCUGAAUAUUUAACCCAGACUUAUUUUUGGUGUAGAUGGAACAUUCCUGUUAGUUUAGAGAAUGUAAAAGUAAACACAAGGAAAUUGAUUUAUAAACUUCACGCAGCCUUAUCUCCUGCUUUUUAACCUGGAGCACACGUCUGGCCUUUAAAGGUAUCGUCUUACUGUAUGUAGAAUGAUAGAAUAUUUGCUGUAAUUGCAGCACAGCUAACAUAUUUAAGAGGAAAAAGUUGGCAGAAUAAUAAGAAGAUAUGUGACAAAGGUAAUCGCAGACGUUUGGAUGUUAUAACUGUACUUUAAUUUUGGUGAAAUUAAGAAAUACGCCAUGAUAUGCACACCAGUACCUCCUAGGAUAGUCUCUGCCUCCC